GAAGUUCUUUACGACAGAUUCUUCUGUUUUGAGUUGAUAGCGGAAAAUUGCGCGACUAGCAAGUUAGCCUGUAUUCAUUGUGGAUAGCUGGAGCUUGCUAACUGUUGCCGAUAACUUAACAUUUAAUGGUUUAUUUUUCCACAUUUUGGAUAACCUUUUAUUAUGGAUGUAGGCGAGCUACUGAAUUAUCAGCCUGACAGGGGGGCAAAACGUCUACGGGCUGGUGAUGAUGAUGAUGAUGACCCCAGAAACAAAAAGGCCGGCAGAGAACUGGCCAGACAUCUGGAGAGAGAGGACAGUGAAGACCCGAGUGGUGAUAGGAAGAGAAUACUGGAGAAACUCAUGGAUGAUGAUGAGGAUGCAGAUGACCAAGAGGGUGAACCUGUGGAUGAGAGUUCAGUGAAGAAAAUGAUCUUGACCUUUGAAAAAAGGUCCUACAAGAACCAAGAGCUGAGAAUAAAGUUCCCAGACACCCCAGGGAGGUUCAUGGAAACAGAGCUGGAUUUGAAUGACAUCAUCCAGGAGAUGCAUGUCAUAGCCACCAUGCCUGAUCUCUACCACCUGUUGGUGGAGCUCAAUGCUGUCCAUUCCCUGCUGGGCUUACUCAGCCAUGAGAACACAGAUAUCGCCAUUGCAGUGGUUGAUUUGUUACAAGAGCUGACAGACAUCGACACACUUCAUGAAAGUGAGGAGGGGGCUGAAGUACUCAUAGACUCUUUGCUGGAGGGACAGGUUGUGGCCCUUCUGGUGCAGAACAUGGAGAGGCUGGAUGAGCAGGUGAAGGAGGAAGCUGAUGGAGUCUACAACACGUUAGCCAUCAUUGAGAACAUGGCAGAGUUCAGGCCUGGCCUGUGCACAGAAGCAGCUCAGCAAGGACUCAUGCAGUGGUUGCUAAAAAGAAUCAAGGCAAAGAUUCCUUUCGAUGCUAACAAGCUGUACUGCAGUGAAGUCUUGGCUAUCUUGCUUCAAAACAAUGACAGCACCAGGGAGCUCUUGGGGGAGCUGGAUGGAAUUGACGUGUUACUGCAGCAGCUAUCUGUGUUCAAACGCCACAACCCAGCCACGGCGGAGGAGCAGGAGAUGAUGGAGAACCUAUUUGAUGCCCUGUGCUCCUGUCUGAUGCUGGCAUCCAACCGGGAUCGCUUCCUCAGGGGAGAGGGUCUGCAGCUCAUGAACCUCAUGCUUAGGGAAAAGAAAAUGUCUCGGACCAGUGCUCUGAGGGUCUUAGACCACGGCAUGAUUGGCCCAGAGGGUUCUGAUAACUGCCACAAGUUUGUGGACAUCCUGGGCUUGAGGACCAUUUUCCCCCUGUUCAUGAAGACCCCCAAGAAGAUGAGGAAAGCUGGGGCCGCAGACAAAGAACAUGAAGAACACGUGUGUUCCAUCAUAGCUUCCUGCCUGCGGAACCUGAAAGCCCAGCAGAGGACGAGGCUCCUUAGCAAGUUCACUGAGAAUGACUGUGAGAAGGUUGAUAGACUGAUGGAGCUGCAUUUUAAGUACCUGGAAGCUGUUCAGUUGGCUGACAAGAGGAUCGAAGGAGAGAAACACGACAUGGUUAAACGUGGUGAGAUUCUGGAUGAUGUGAUGGAGGAUGAGUUCUACCUACGGAGGCUGGAUGCUGGACUAUUUGUCCUCCAGCUGCUCUGUUAUAUCAUGGUGGAGAUCAGCAACUCUGGGAUAUCCCAGCUGCAGCAGAGGGUGCAUCAGAUCCUCAAUCUGAGGGGAGGCUCUGUCAAAGUGGUGCGGCACAUCAUGAGAGAGUAUGCUGAAAACAUUGGUGACGGGAAGAGUGAGGAGUUCAAAGAGAGCGAGCAGAAGAGAAUCAUGGACCUGCUGGAGAACUUCUAACCCUAAUCAACCACUGGGGGGAGUGACCUGACCAGUGGUCAGAGCUUCGACAUGGACGGGGGUCUCCACACACUCAGACAGAAGAUACCAGGGUCCAGCAAGUGCAGAGAAGGUGUAUUGAUUGCUCUCUCUGUGCUGGAACAUGUGAUGGACCAUAGUGACUAAAAAUAUAUUAACAAAGAUACACAGUCUUAAGCUGCAACUUUCAGACUCACAUGUUUGUGGUGUUUUGAUUUGUGUAUUUUAUAAUAAACAUUUGGUAAUAAAAUCCUAUCUGGA